CCAAAGAAACCUCCCUCUUCUCCUGCUCCUAUUUAUAAACUCGUUGUCCUCGGCCUUCCUCGUCCGUCCGUCGAUAGAGAGAGAGACGGAGAGAGAGGACCACCGAAAGCUUUCGGAGUCCCUUUCCAGGAGAAAUUCUCAUUCCGAAAGAGAGCUCGUCCUUCCGCCGAGAGAACGAUGCAGAGGCUUCUCCUCCGGAGGCUCGCCUCCGUGGCCCAUGGAAGCGGCCUCUCCUCGCUGGCCGCCGCCGGAGCGGAGGCGAACGCCCUGCUUCCCAAAAUGCCCCCGUUCGACUACACUCCACCGCCCUACGAGGGCCCCACCGCCACCGACAUCUUAAAGAAACGCGCCGAGUUCCUCAGCCCCUCCAUGUUCUACUUCUACCGCAAGCCCUUAAAUAUUGUUGAUGGAAAGAUGCAGUACUUGUUUGAUGAGCAUGGGCGCCGCUAUCUUGAUGCUUUUGCUGGCAUAGCUACUGUAUGUUGUGGGCACUGCCAUCCUGAAGUCAAUGAAGCCAUCAUUGAACAGACAAAACGUCUUCAACAUUCUACUAUUGUUUAUCUAAAUCACACCAUUGCUGAUUUUGCUGAGGCAUUAGCUUCCAGGCUACCGGGUGAUCUCAAGGUAGUUUUCUUCACAAAUUCUGGUACAGAAGCAAACGAACUUGCCAUGAUGAUUGCCCGGCUCUAUACUGGGUGCCAUGAUAUUAUAUCACUCAGAAAUGCAUACCAUGGGAAUGCAGCUGGAACAAUGGGUGCAACUGCUCAAUUCAACUGGAAAUUUAAUGUCAUACAGAGUGGAGUGCACCAUGCACUGAACCCAGACCCAUAUAGAGGCGUCUUUGGUUCUGAUGGAGAAAAAUAUGCUAGAGAUGUGCAAGAAAUCAUCGACUUUGGAACUUCUGGGCAGGUCGCAGGUUUCAUUUCUGAGGCCAUACAGGGAGUGGGUGGAAUAGUUGAAUUAGCACCAGGUUACUUGCCUGCCGUCUAUAAAAGCAUAAAGAAAGCUGGAGGACUCUUUAUAGCUGAUGAGGUACAGUCAGGAUUUGCUCGCACUGGAAGCCACUUCUGGGGAUUCGAGGGCCAUGAUGUUGUGCCUGACAUAGUGACUAUGGCAAAGGGUAUUGGAAAUGGGAUCCCUCUUGGUGCAGUUGUUACAACUCCAGAGAUUGCCCAAGUCUUGACCCGUAGAAAUUAUUUCAAUACCUUUGGAGGCAAUCCUGUCUGCACCGCUGCAGGCCUGGCUGUUCUUAGAGUGCUUGAGAAAGAAAAGCUUCAAGAUAAUGCAUUUGUAGUGGGUUCCUACCUGAAAGAUCGCCUGAAAGCCCUUCAGGAAAAGCAUGAAAUCAUCGGUGAUGUGAGAGGAAGAGGCCUGAUGCUUGGAGUUGAACUGGUCACUGACCGCCGACAGAAAACUCCAGCCAAAGCCGAGAUCUUGCAUGUCAUGGACAGUAUGAAAGAAAUGGGUGUAUUGGUCGGGAAGGGUGGCUUUUAUGGGAAUGUCUUCAGAAUAACACCUCCUCUCUGCUUCACCAAGGAAGAUUCUGACUUCUUUGUCGAUGUACUGGAUAUUUCGUUGUCAAAGCUGUGAAGUGCCCUGGUCCAUACCAAAUAAAACUGAUAUAUUGUAUCAGCUGUGUACGGUGCUGGUUGAUGUCAUGUAACUUUCUUAAGUCUAAUUGUUAAUGAGCUCUCAUAUGUUAAAAAGCAUGAAUGAUAUGAGUUAAUAUCGCACAAAGUGGUGAUUAAGGGACAUCA